CCAGGGCUCAGGAGGAGCGAAGAGGCAGGCCACUUGUCCCAGACCCAGGGGCAGCCAUGGGGGCCCAUGUCAUUGUGACUGACGCCAACAUCUCCUCCAGCCUUGAGAGCAACACCACGGGCGUCACAGCCUUCUCCAUGCCCAGCUGGCAGCUGGCACUGUGGGCCACCGCCUACCUGGCCCUGGUGUUGGUGGCUGUGACGGGCAAUGCCACAGUCAUCUGGAUCAUCCUGGCCCAUCAGAGAAUGCGCACAGUCACCAAUUACUUCAUUGUCAACCUGGCCCUGGCUGACCUGUGCAUGGCCACCUUCAACGCCCCCUUCAAUUUCGUCUACGCCAGCCACAACAUCUGGUACUUUGGCCGUGCUUUCUGCUACUUCCAGAACCUCUUCCCCAUCGUGGCCAUGUUCGUCAGCAUCUACUCCAUGACCGCUAUCGCCGCUGACAGGUACGUGGCCAUUGUCCACCCCUUCCAGCCACGGCUCUCGGCCCUGGGCACCAGAGCGGUGAUCGCUGGCAUCUGGCUCCUGGCCCUGGCCCUCGCUUUCCCCCAGUGCUUCUACUCCACCAUCACCAUGGACCGAGGCGCCACCAAGUGUGUCGUGGUCUGGCCCGAGGACAACGGCCGCAAGACGCUCCUUUUGUACCACCUCACGGUGAUCGUCCUUAUCUACGUGCUGCCUCUCGUGGUGAUGCUCCUCACCUACAGUGUCAUCGGCCUCAAGCUCUGGAGACGCGAGGUUCCCAAGCACCAAAUGCACGGCGCCGGCCUGCGCCACCUGCGGGCCAAGAGGAAGUUUGUGAAGACCAUGGUGCUGGUGGUGGUGACGUUUGCUAUCUGCUGGCUUCCCUACCACUUCUACUUCAUCCUGGGCAGCUUCCAAGAGGACAUCUACUACCACAAGUUCAUCCAGCAGGUGUACCUGGCACUCUUCUGGCUGGCCAUGAGCUCCACCAUGUACAAUCCCAUCAUUUACUGUUGCCUCAACCACCGGUUUCGCUCUGGAUUCCGGCUUGCUUUCCGCUGCUGCCCGUGGGUCACACCCAUUAAGGAGGAUAAGCUUGAGCUGACCCACACUCCAUCCCUUUCUAUGAGGGCCAACCGGUGUCACACUAAAGAGACUUUUUUCAUGGCUGGGGAUACUGCCCCCUCUUAGGCUACCAAUGGGCAGGCCAGGGGUCCCCAACAUGGGGUACCUGCUGAACCCUGAAGC